AUGCCUCGACGAUCGUCUCGGCCCGCUCCCGCAAGCCCCGAGGCGCCUGCGGCGGCGCCCAAACGACGCGCCUCUGCACGGUUGUCCGUGUCGCAGGACGAGGUCAAGCGAGUCAAGUCCAAUGCCGACCUUUCUGGAGUGAAGUCCACAACCAAGAAAAGCAAGUACUUUGAGCCCGAGAGCUCUGCUGAACCUGAGGAUAGCGAGAGCGAAGGCGACUCGGGCUCUGCCUAUGAGGAACAAGACCAGGAAGAAGAUCAAGUGUCUUCCGAUCAUCAGUCCGAGACGGAAGAGCCCUCCGAGAGUGAGGAAGAGUCCAAGGUAGCAAAGGGGAAGCAGAGAAAGCAGGCCCACAAUGCCACGUUGGACGCAGACGCGCUAAAGGGUAAAGAGCUGUGGCGCGAGGGAGUGCGGACGGGUCUAGGGCCCGGCAAAGAGGUGUUCAUCCCCAAGCCCAAGGCGCGCGACGCAGGCGGCGUGGCAUACCAGGAUGAGACACUGCACCCCAACACGAAGCUGUUUCUGCAGGAUCUGGCGGAGAACAACGAGCGCGAGUGGCUGAAGGCGCACGACCCCGACUACCGCGCGGCAAAGAAAGAUUUUGAGACGUUUGUCGAGACGCUCACUCCGAAGAUCGCCGGCGUCGACGCCACCGUUCCUGAGCUGCCCGUGAAGGACCUGGUCUUUCGUAUCCACCGCGAUAUUCGCUUCAGCAAGAAUCCUCUUCCAUACAAGAUACAUUUCUCUGCAGCCUGGUCCCGCACCGGCAAGAAAGGUCCUUAUGCUGCGUACUAUGUCCAUUUCCAACCUGGUGCUUGUUUUGUCGGCUGCGGUCUCUGGAACCCAGAGGCUGAACCGCUAGCAUUGCUGCGAGAGGAUAUCGACGAGAACGCAAGUCGUUGGAAGGAGGUGCUCAAAGCACCGGCGAUGCGCCGCGAGUUCCUGAACGGAGCGCCGGAUGAUGAUGACGCUGUCGUGAAGGCCUUUACUCAUCACAACAGGGAAUCUGCUUUAAAGACCAAACCCAAGGGCUAUGAAGCCGACAAUGCCAAUAUUCUACUUCUACGGUUGCGCAGUUUCACGAUCGGACGACCCAUCUCAGAUCAAGAGAUGUUGGCGCCGGAUGCACAGGACCGGAUCGCCGCGCUGGUUGGGGUCAUGGAGCCCUUCGUAAGCCCAUCCUAG